UCGGGCCACACACACACAAAAAAAAGACAGACUCAACAUGGCAGAAGCACAGGAUAGCGACUCAACUUCAGGCGGAAUCCUCCAGGAGAUCUUCACGUCCCCUUUGAAUCUGACCCUGCUCAGCCUAUGCCUGUACCUGCUGUACAAGAUCUUCCGCGGAGACAAGCCCCCGGAGCUGGACGAGGCGGAGCAGCCGCUGGCCAAACUGAAGAAGAGAGACUUCAGCCUGGCGCAGUUGAAGCCUUACAAUGGGGUGCAGGAUCCGAGGAUCCUCAUGGCUGUCAACGGCAAAGUGUUCGACGUGACCAGGGGGAAGAAGUUCUACGGGCCAGAGGGGCCAUACGGAGUGUUUGCAGGCCGAGACGCAUCCAGAGGCCUGGCUACCUUCUGCCUAGGCGAAGAGGCCCUGAAAGACGAACACGACGACUUGUCUGACCUGAACGCAGCGCAGCAGGAGAGCCUGUCUGAGUGGGAGGCCCAGUUCACAUUUAAGUACGACUAUGUCGGCAAGCUUUUGAAGCCAGGAGAGGAGCCCACGGAGUACACAGAUGACGAGGAAGGAAAGGACAAGAAAGCAGACUAAAGAAUAGAAGCAAAAAAAAUCAACAUGGAGGAGGGAAAGUUGUGGAUGCCUUAAUGUUAUACCUUCUGGCUUUUUCUUGGACCACCUCAGUUGAAGGUUAUAGUUGAGGAUUGAGGGUUUUUACAUAUACUGCCUUGUAGUUCUACUGCAUAGAGCUGUGUAAUGUUAUAAAGUUUAGAGUGGUUUCUAUAAUUGUACAAAUGGAACUCCUAAUGAAAUGCAUUGUGGUCCAAAUAAGUUGUCUGCUUGUCAUGAAUGACUUGAUACACAGUCUUCUGUAGAGGUAUGUGAGAAACUUCAGGAAGAAGAAGACUCUUUGGAGAGACGGACCAAAGCAAGAUGUUUCUUUUUUUAUGCCAGCAUUCCAGUUAAAAUACACCACAUACGCUCCAUAAAUUCAUUCAAGGUAAUACUGUAAUUUGUGCAUGUACAUAUAGUCUAAAUGUUAUAAUUCUGUCAAGCUGCAGGUAUAAGCCUUGGAAAUGAUAUUAAUUUAAUAAAUAAGCUUUCAGAAGA